UGUGCAUACGAAUAUACAACUUUCAUUAUUUUAUUGAUUCAUUUUGUUCAACUAAUUUAUAUGUAUACAUUUUUUAAAAAGAGGCCACAAUAAAUAUGGGGCUGGGGAGAGAUGUAAGCAGGACACAAUUUUAACUUACUUGAAACCCAUCCAGUUAAUGAAUUAUCUGUAUUUGCCUGUAUCUAUUUUGUCAUUUAUUUUUGAGUAUAGAUAACACAUCAGCUUAUUCAAUUCUUCAGAAUGACUGUUAGUCACUGGUGUAUUUGUGUAUUGCUGAAUUGAGUGGCUGUGAAUGUUUUGCUGUUAAGUGGAGACGGGGUCUGAACAUCACGAAUAUCUGCCAGUGAUUCUGUAAGGGUGGAUGUCUUCUGGCUUCUCUCAGUCUGUGGUCACUGAGGCAGGGCUGUCUCCCGCCCCGAGUAAGUGACCGAGAACCUCCUCACUGUGUGAAACCCACAGUGGCCCGGGGACGAUCUCCAUUCUGCGGCAGGUCGCCUGGAACCGGGAUUUUAAACCGGGAUUUGACUGGCACAGAUUGGAAAUGGCUGGACUGCAGGAAUUACGAAUGACAGAGGAGAAGCCUCUGCUGCGGGAGCAGAUGUCAGUGGAUACUUGUGAUAUGUUCUUGCCUCCCAUGGACUCCGACUGGCAGGAACAUGACAUUGAAACCCCCUAUGGGAUGUUGCAUGUGGUGAUACGUGGUGCACCAAAAGGAAACCGCCCGGCAAUCCUGACCUAUCAUGAUGUUGGGAUGAACCAUAAACUCUGCUUCAACACAUUCUUCAACUUUGAGGACAUGCAGGAAAUCACCAAGCAUUUUGUCGUGUGCCAUAUCGAUGCUCCAGGUCAGCAGACAAAUGCCUCGCAGUUUCCUUCAGGGUACCAGUUCCCGACCAUGGACCAGCUGGCUGCUAUGUUACCAAGUGUGGUUCAACAUUUUGGAUUUAAAAGUGUUGUUGGGAUUGGAGUGGGAGCUGGAGCCUAUAUCCUUGCCAAAUUUGCUCUGAUUUUCCCAGAUAUGGUUGAGGGGAUGGUCCUCAUCAAUAUUGACCCCUGUGGAAAGGGCUGGAUUGACUGGGCAGCAACAAAGCUCUCAGGUUUGACCAGCUCACUUCCUGACACCGUCCUGUCGCAUCUCUGCAGUCAGGAGGAACUGAUGAACAAUACGGAGCUGGUGCAGAGCCUCCGACAGCAGAUAGGAGCUAACGUCAACCAGAGUAAUCUGCAGCUCUUCUGGAACAUGUACAACAGUCGCAGGGAUCUGGAAAUGAACAGACCUGGAACUGUGGCCAAUGCUAAGACUCUGCAGUGUCCAGUGAUGCUGGUUGUGGGGGACAAUUCCCCAGCAGAGGAAGGUGUGGUGGAAUGUAACUCCAAGCUGGACCCAACUCAGACAACUUUCCUCAAGAUGGCUGAUUCUGGUGGUCUGCCUCAGAUCACACAACCUGGAAAACUGACAGAGGCAUUCAAGUAUUUUCUGCAGGGCAUGGGCUACAUGGCAUCUGCCAGUAUGACUCGCUUGGCUCGUUCUCGUACAGCCUCCCUGACCAGUGCCAGCUCGGUAGACGGAUACCGUCCACGAAUCUGCACUCAAACCAAUAGUAGUGACAGUGUGAGCCAAGUGACUCAGAACAUCUCACACACUAUGGAGGUGUCUUGCUAAAAGGUGAUGGAAUAUAGAAAAAAAAACCAUGAGGCUGUUACUCCCUCACACAGUUCUUGGUAUUACUCUUGGUGUGGAACCAGUUAAGACAUAAGAGUAGAGAUUGCUUCACUUCUCUGCAGUGGAGCAGUCUGUGAUUUUUCUAGUCUAACAAAUAAAAGGCUGUCUACAGCAUUUUUUUUUUUCUUGCAUGGUUGCAAUCAUUGUGAGUUGUCAUUUGAUAGUUGCCUGAGCUUCUCCAAACUGUUAGCAGGCCUUCAUUUAGUCCUGUAUUACUCCAGCCAAUCAUUGCUAUGGUACGUAUUAGGGACUGUGCCAAUGUAAUAGUAUUAAGUUAUUUGUUUAACUUGUGCAGUGGAAAGGCAUCACAGUUUGAGCUGUUUAAAUGUGGAGGCAUUUCCUAGUUAAUUAACUGUUCUAGAUGUUCCUUAUGCUUUCUGUAAUAGAGGGUGCAAUAGCUGCUCUAUUUACUGCAGAUGUAGUGCAUCAGACUCCAUUAUUCAGUGUUUUGUAGAUACUUUUAUUCUCUCUCCCCCUCAACUUCAGUUUGUAAAAUUAUAAAAUGAAGAGGUCAGAGUUUGCUGUGAGUUUCGUGUUCUGAUCUUUGUGAUAAUCGUAGUGCUGUUGAGAUACUUUUUUUGUAUAGAAUUUAUCCUUUGUUGUGGUUGCUGUUGAUCUAAUACUUAACCACGGCUGUGAAAACCACUCUCACUAUUAAUGUACUUAAUUACUAUGUUUAAGAAAGUAAUAAAAUCAAUAUGGAACAAAAA